AAGUGCAGUAAACUCUUUAUUAAAUAAACGAUAUUACAUGACGGAGGGAGUAUUGUUAUAUCGACAAUUACAGGCAGGUGGUUUAUAAACCCAACCCUAGCCCCUUGAAGCAAUUGAAUUGAUCAUGUCUGGCGACCGUGAUUGCACCGUUUUCAUAGGCAAUCUGGAUGAACGAGUGAGUGACAGGGUUUUGUAUGAUAUAUUAAUUCAGGCAGGCCGUGUUGUGGACUUGUAUAUUCCCCGAGACAGGGAAACUGAUCGACCCAAGGGCUUCGCAUUUGCUGAAUAUGAAACGCAGGAGAUUGCAGACUAUGCUGUCAGGCUAUUUUCUGGGCUUGUCACUCUCUACAACCGAACUCUUAGAUUUGCGAUUUCUGGACAAGAUAAGCCUGCAUUUGGCUCUGCCCCCAAAGUAAGACAGUAUAAUGAUUCUGAAGAUAUUACUCCACACUCCGCACCACAUUCAUCAUAUAUGUUCUCAUCGCAACGAUCAGGCUAUGCUCAAGUGCCAACACCCCCUGGUGUUUCUCAUGAAUAUAAUCGUCCUAGAUCAUAUUCUGACCGGAAUGGGUAUACUUAUAAUGGUGGAAGACUUUUUGGGUCAGCGUUUGAUAGUACUACAAGAUCUAGGUAGAGCCACACAUAAUACAAGUAGCCAAAUGAUUUGGUCCUUGAUCUAUGACUAUUAAUCAUUAAGAGACCAAUCUUAAUCGUUUGGUAUUAGAAAGUCACUUAGCUAUGGUGUUGAUAUGAAAAUUUUAUGUGCUAAUCUGUUGUGUCAAUAUAAUUGUGUCGAUCAAUUAUAUGUUAUCAUGGACUUGAUCAAUUGUAUUUUGAUGCACUGUAAGUUUACGAGCCUAUCAAGGAUACUCAGAAAUGUAAUAUUCAUAGGCACUUUGUUUUCAUAAUAUGUGAACCCUUGGAAGCAUUAGUUCAAUUUCUUGAAGUUUCCUCA